GGAGAACCGUGAAUGUAAGUUUGAGACACACUGUACGUCCUGACGCUUUCCGUUACUCGCCGUUAUUUACGACGUCUGAUGUGACGAGCAUACAGAUGAUGAUCACUGCGUGUGAAAACGGAUCGCAAAUAGAUGGCAUCGAGAAACCCAAAGCUUCAGUACUCGUGAAAUGGGGUUCAAAUUCGUAGUGGUUUUACAAAACGUGCCACGGCACGCGCGCACACGGUUGGACAACCGAGGUGUCAUCGAUCUGACAUUUUCUGUUAAAUAACGCGGAAACGUCAUGCAUCGCGCGUAAAUCCACGGGAGCGUGAAACAUGGAUCUCCUCUUCGUUUCUCCUUGACGCGCACCGACGGAACGGGAGGCGGGCGGUGGGCUGAACCGAGCGAGGCGACUACCGGCCAAUGCACCGGGGGAACGGCGGCGUGACAGCGACCCGGGAGCCGGGAAGUCAGAGGGACAGUGCGCGGCGUGGCUGAGAUUCGUUCCUCCGGGUAUAACGCGGAACGAUGGGCUGCGCUCCCAGCAUCCACGUCUCGCAGAGUGGGGUGAUCUACUGCCGCGACUCGGACGAGUCCAACUCACCGCACCAGACCACCACCGUCUCGCAGGGCACGGCGACCACCCUGCACGGCCUCUUCAUCAAGACCGACGCGGCGGACACGAUUCCCUCCGUAAUCGCGUACCAGAGCAGGCACACGCGGACCGGCUCGCACCGAGAGCGGAAAGAGAACAGCGGCGGCCACAUCUGCAUAGAGGCCGAGACCCAGACCAGCAACACCAGCGUUAAGGUGUCUGCAAUAGAAGAGCGUUUGGGGCCAAUGCGUUUGACCCAGGAGCCCAUACAGGUGUUACUGGUUUUCGCUAAAGAGGACAGUCAGAGCGAUGCGUUCUGGUGGGCGUGCGAGCGGGCGGGGUUCAGGUGUAACAUCGCACGGACACCUGAGUCUGCGGUGGACUGUUUCCUGGACAAACACCACGAGAUCAUCAUUAUUGAUGGGCGGCACUCGCGGUACUUUGAGGCCGAAGCAGUCUCUCGGAUGAUUCAAGCGACCAAGCCUUCUGAACACACAGUUAUUGUAGCAGUGGUGCCGCAAACUCCUUCAGAUCAAGAGGAACCAUCUUUUCUUCCUCUUCUCUCUGCUGGCUUUUCAAGAAGGUUUGCAGAGAACAGCAGCGUGUCGGCCUGCUAUAAUGAGCUAAUCCAGUUAGAACACGGAGAGGUUCGAGCUCAGUUCAAACUGAGGGCUUGUAAUUCGCUGUUUGUGGCGUUAGAGCAGUGUCAGGAAGCCGUUGAGAUCAGCAGCGAAGAUCACGUCAUACAAUAUGUCAAUCCAGCAUUUGAGAAAAUGAUGGGCUACCGUAGAGGAGAGCUGAUCGGAAAACAGUUAACCGAACUGCCCAAGAGCGACCGAAACAGCGCCGACCUGCUGGACACCAUCAACACCUGCAUGAAGAAAGGAAAGGAAUGGCAGGGGAUCUAUUACUCACGGAAGAAGUCGGGUGACAGUAUUCAGCAAUACGUCAGAAUCACUCCUGUGAUUGGCCAGGGAGGGAAAAUUCGCCAUUUUGUGUCUAUCAAGAGGCCUUACAGUGACAACCACAGACAGGUUCAUAAAUUCAGCCGAGAGGAGAAAUGCAGUGCUGAACACUCACAGUCAGAAUGCAAUUCCUUGCGUCACAAAGACCGGAGGAAAGAAUCUAUCAGCUCGCACAGCAGUGAUGCUCCUAGUCUACAGAAUCGUAGAUAUUCUUCAAUGGCCCGCAUUCACUCCAUGACAAUUGAGGCUCCCAUCACUAAGGUGAUAAAUAUCAUCAACGCAGCGCAGGAGAGCAGUCCGGUGACCGUGGCAGAAGCUCUAGACCGGGUUCUGGAGAUCCUGCGGACCACCGAACUCUACUCGCCCCAGCUGGCUUCAAAAGAGGACGACCCCCAUACCAACGAUCUGGUGGGGGGGCUCAUGAGUGAUGGACUCAGAAGGCUGUCUGGGAAUGAGUAUGUCUUCUCCAAAAGUGCAUUACACAAUAUGAGUCAGAGUCAGCUGCCCGUGCCUGUCCCUUUAAAUGACGUCCCGCCUUCCAUCGCUGAGCUGCUCAAUGAAGAAAAACACUGGGAAUUUAACAUCCUGGAGCUGGAAGCAGCUACACACAAAAGGCCUCUCUCAUAUCUGGGUCUGAAGAUCUUCACUGAUUUCGGCGUGUGUGAGUUUCUGAACUGCACGGAGGCCGCGCUGCGCUCCUGGCUGCAGGUCAUCGAGGCUAAUUAUCACGCCUCCAACUCCUACCACAACUCAACACACGCUGCGGACGUUCUGCACGCCACCGCCUACUUCCUGCGCAAAGACAGAGUCAAGGGCAGUCUUGACCAACUUGAUGAAGUUGCGGCUUUGUUAGCGGCGACGGUUCAUGACGUCGACCACCCCGGCCGCACCAACUCGUUCCUUUGCAACGCAGGAAGCGAACUGGCGAUACUGUACAACGACACGGCCGUCUUAGAGAGUCACCAUGCCGCUCUGGCCUUUCAGCUUACCGUACGAGACAGCAAGUGCAACAUCUUCAAAAACAUGGAGAGGACACAGUUUCGGACCCUGCGGCAAGCUAUCAUAGACAUGGUGUUGGCUACGGAAAUGACGCGACACUUCGAACACGUCAAUAAGUUUGUAAACAGCAUCAACAAACCCAUGAGCGCUAUCGAGGAGACGAGCUCCAAUAGCGAAGGCAGCGAUUGUGAGGGUCCCGCCAGUAUCCGAAACUCUCCCGAGAAUCGUCUGUUGAUCAAACGCAUGCUGAUUAAAUGUGCCGACGUGGCCAAUCCCUGCAGACCUCUAGAGCUGUGCAUCGAAUGGGCCGGACGCAUUUCUGAAGAAUACUUUGCUCAGACGGAUGAAGAGAAAAGACAGGGUUUGCCGGUCGUCAUGCCAGUGUUUGAUCGGAAUACCUGCAGCAUUCCCAAAUCCCAGAUCUCCUUUAUCGACUAUUUCAUCACUGACAUGUUUGACGCCUGGGAUGCCUUUGCCAGUUUGCCAGGCUUGAUGGAACAUUUGGCAGAGAACUACAAAUACUGGAAGAACUUGGAUGAGAUGAAGUGUAAAAGCCUGCGGCCCCUGCCACCUCCGUGAGCCCCCCUUCUAAAGGUCAAGGGUCAGAAGUCAUGACGUCUCCACAUGACCUCAAAUAUUCAGUCCACCGCACCGCCCUUUUGACGAUACUCCACCCCAGCGACAAUCGCCCCGGUGAUGAGGGUAAAACUCAAAGUAAUGCACUUUAUCUCCUCCUCCAGCGUCUUUUCUCUUCAUCUUUUUGAAAUCCGUCGCCCUGUUUUUGGCUCGCCCGCCUCCCCAUCGCCCUGCACGGGUUGAAUCAUUCACUAACACAAAAUCUCAGAACGGUCAGUUAGGUCGCUGAAUACCAUACAAACUCUCGCCCCUGCAGUGGACCCACACUUCUCUUUCGCCCGCCCCUCAUCAUCCCCAACAUGAAGCCCAUUGGAUAUUUUGACUGUCAAGUUGCCAAAACGUUCGAACUGAAGACUGAAUGUACAAGGUCGACCUCCCUGCGGGUCGGCAGUAUUCCAGCACUUUCUGUAUCAGAACGACUCUUUUCUCAGACUCCAAGGACUGGUGUGUAAUACUCAAUCAUUUUGAUAUGAAAAGCCAAUAAUAGCAAAGAAUAUAUUUCUCGAGAACACUGUAUAUCCAGACACAUACUGUAACAGCUUGAUGAUGCGUGCGUGUGCAUGUGAGAGAGAGAGAGUGUGCGUGUUGCUAUAAGAUGCUUUAUAAUGAACGUUACGGCAGGAGAGGACGUUUUUACAUUUGACACAAAAACAUUACGGUUAACAUUCCAACUUCACACAGUCGUCCGUACGGACACAACAUUCCCAAACUCCAGCACAGCCUCAUCAUGAGACCACCCAACAGGUGGGUUUGCACGGAUUAUUAUCGUUUUGAAGUAUUAUUUAUUUAGGAAUAAGCUUGGCUGUGUAUCACGGGUCUACUUUUACCACGGUGAAAGUGUCUUGGCGUGUUUUAUGAAGUCUGUUUGGGUUCAUAUGGCCGUGCUUACACUGUUGAUAUCUCGUCUUCAUACACUCAUAUGUUCACCUGUGCUCUUUCAGCAUCAUGGCAGGGACUAGAAAAGAUUUCCAACCAAGCGUCGCUUUGUUUCAUUUUGUCAGAAUCACCGAACAAGCACUAAAUUUUUCAACACACCAAAAAAAAAGAGUCAUAUUUUGUGUUGUGAGCGCAGUUGGACGCGUGCACCGUUGGCUCACAGACAGGCUUAGUCAGAAUUUAUGAAGUGUUUAUAUUUGGUGGAUGUUUGGCUCUCUGCUUGUUAUGUGUCAUGUAGAUUGUUGGAAAGAGCACUUGAGGACAUACAUCACAAAGAGCGUUCUAGAACACAUCACCAAUGUUCUAGAACGUUUUGUUGUCCCGACACCACCAUACUGAGAGUUCUUACAUGUUCUUGGAGCUCAUCUCUGGGGCAGAUUUUUCACUGAGGAGGAUUGCUUUCGUUCGCUCGGCACCACGACACGAUGACAGGGUGUUCAGAAAGUUCCAGCUGGGACUGUUGUGAUGGCGCGUUUGGAAGCAUGCGGCACACGUUCUGUACGUUUCUGAUUUUCUCUCUUUCCUGUUCUCUCGUCCUUCCUGUUGCUGUUUCCCCCCUUUCUUCAUUUUUCUUUCAUGCGCUCCAAACACUUUCAGUGAAGCCUGUUUAUACAGUAUAAAUCAUUAUCAGUUCAUCUUAAUGCAUUAUGAGACAGAGAGGCAUUCAUAUACAGACAUUCAGAAUGUUUCAUAAUAUUGUAAUACGUUUUUUUUCAUAGCCACAGCUUUCAAAUGUGUAAUUUGGGUUUAGUCAUGUGUCUUUAACACAUUAGAUUCGAUAAUAUGUUUUAUAUAUAUAUAUAUAUAUAUAUAUGAAUAGUAAAUUCAGCUCUAGCUGUGGUUAUUUAUAAACUCAUGCAGCUGAUUAUAAUGUUUAAUUGUAACGCAAUGUAAAUGCAUUAUAGUGCAUUAAGACCUUUAAAAUAAUCUUUAUACAUAUGAAGAGUUUGGUUCCAAAAUGAGAUAAGACCGUUUUUUACAUUUUUGUCAAAAAUCAUGUUUUUUUUACUGCGCAUUCCAAUUAAUGUCAAUCAAACUGCAGUUGGUUUAUUUGAUUUAAGCCAUAAUGACUAAAAAAAUACAGCUAACUAACACAACAAAACACAAGAAAAACACGAUAACAUUAUAAAAAACAUGAUUUUUGAAAAAUUGUAAAAACUGAGUCAUUUUGGAACCAAACAGUUCAUAUACUGGCUUCAUGAAAUCAUAUUAUCCAUUAGAAAUAAUGUUUUUAACACUGUUAAAUACAUGGACAAUAUGAGGCUCACUGUUUGGUCAUUUGCUUAUUUUAUAGCCGUCCAGACAUUCGUAAAUCGUGUAAAAGAAGGAAUACAGAGAUGACAAACUCAUUUAUGAAGUGCUGACAGCUCUUAACAGUUAUCAUCACUGCUGUACAAACAAUACUGGAUGCACAUGUCGCCCUCUAGUGGUCGAUCCUGAGAACUUCACCCACUGUCUAUAAAAAAUGUUAACUCGAAAUAUAAAUCCUCUCAUCAUUUAACUGUCUUUCCAAAUGCAAAUGCAUUUGAAUAUGACGUAAACAUUUUGCCUGAUAUCUAUGUGUUCCAUUACAGAAAAAAUCUUACAGGUUUGGAUUGUCAGUAAAUGAUGAAUGAGUUUGCACAAUAGAAAGUACGCUUUCAUUUCAAAGUUAAUUUGAUUAAAUAACAAUUAUUAAGAAACAAACUUCAAGUAUGUUUCUAGGCAUACUUAAUCCAAUACUUUUUUUUACGUAACACAAAACUCACAAACAUGUUUGUUUCUUAGAACGAAUUAUAAUUUCUUUAGUUAUUCCUAACAGUAGAGUAAUGUUAAAGUCCUCAUGAUCAAAUCCAAAACAAUGAAUGAGAAGCGAAAAGUGAAAGCUAAAUAUUUACAUGAACGUGCCCCCGUUUAUGAACAGAAUACUAUUUCUCGUUCGAUGGUUAAUGUGAUGCUACGAUGUUGCGUGUGUAGGUACACUGAGAUGAAUGUUAGAUUCUGUGGGUGGAUCAGGAUAAAGAUUACACUUAUAUUUCAGGUUGUGGGUGUUAUCAGUUAAAUGUGAUUCACUGCCAGUUUUGUUUUCAUUCCAUAUUCCUGUCCAUGUUUAUGCUGUGUGUCCAUUUGUGCGCCUGUUGAGUGAUUAUAUUAACCGACCAAACCUUUUAUAAAAGGAUAUCUAUAACACAAACAACACACUUAAGCUGCAGUUCACCAGCAGCGGCUGGAGGAGAAUUCUGGGAGUUUUGAGUUGAUGCGUUUGGUUUUUGUGCUCUGGUUCUGGCUCUAAAGCCUGCAGACAUCAGUCACAGAGCAUUCUAAAACACUUAAUGAAAGCGUUCCCUUCUUUUCCUGUUCUCCACCCAUCUGAUCCUCCGUGUUCCUGUGUUUCAGUGUUAACAAAGCUACUGUACGUCAAACCAUGGCUCCUGUCAGCAUGCAUUGUCCUUUCCCAGAACUGUUUCGCGUAUUUGUCAGACACAGGGUUUAUAUGUAAAGAAAAAUGAAUUCUGAGAUGUUUUGAGCAUCCAUUUACAUGGACUAUUUUGCAGAUGUAGUGCAUUUUUCAGAUACAUGCCUUAAUCUCGAUUGUGGAAACACCACAGAUUAAUGUCCUAUCAUUAUUCCCUCAACACUGAGCGUUCAUGUGAGAUUCCUUCUUAAUCCGAGUUGAUCAAAUAUGGAAUAAUUGAAUUAUGUGUUGUCAUGGUGACCAUGUGAUUGUUUCAUUCUAUGAUUCCAAAGUUUAUUGUAAUUGUAUGACUCGCUGGAUUUAUGGGUUAGUUCAGCUUUGUUAAAUGUUUAGCAGUGAUGCAAUUUAAGUGAUAUUUGCCCCCAUUUUUUUUUUUCAGAUUUUGCUCUUUUUUAUGUUUUCAAAGUUCUGGUUUUUUUCUCUUGGGAGGAACACAAAAGAGAGUUUUUGAAGAUUCCUCUUUUCAAUGCGUCAGUUAUAUGCCUUGUGUUCUCUCUCUCCGUAUGCUUUGAGGAUCAGACUUAAAGGGAUAGUUCAACCAUCAAUGAAAAACAAACUCAUCGACUCCCCCUUUUGUCAUUUCAAACACUUCAAACUGUUUCUUGCAGAACACAAACUACAUUUUGAAGAACUUGAGUAACCAAACAACACUGACCCCCAUUGACUUCCACCGUGUGAACACAAAACCACUGACGCGUUUCAUGAAGACACAUUUUCAUGAGAGUGAACAAAUGAUGACAGAAUGUUUGUUUUGGGGUGAACUAUCCCUUUAAAUUUGACUAAAUAAAACCCUGUGUGCAGAUACUUUUCAAAUAUCAUUGUGUUUCAGAAAAUCAAACAUAUUUAUAUUCACGUAGCGAUGGCAGAAAUGCUCAGACUCAUGGGAAAAAUGUACUUGUCUUACUCCAAACAUUAACAGUGCAGCCAAAACCGUCCCCUCAGGUUCGAUGUGUCCCGUGAUUUCAGCCAAUGUUGCCAACGCAAUUAUUUUUGCAACUACCUAAAGUAUUUGUGACAAGGAAACAAAUGUAUUCCUAGAAGCCAUUUGAUUUCUAUGCUCAUUCGUGGAUCUUGUGACUAAAGAGGUGUCAGUCCCGCUUGUGUUUGAAUAUGGUGUUGUAAUUCUAUUGAUGGACAUCCGUCACACACCCAUUAUUGAAGGGCUCGCUUACAAACAUGACCUCACGAUGACAUCAUAAUAGGGGGCGGGUCAUGAAGUGAACUAGAAGGUCAGGUUUAAUACUUGUGUGAAUUGAUGGAUGGGUGCAGAUUCUGUGCCAAUUACUGUAUUCUUUUUUUUUGGAAGAGUUGGGGAAUGCAAACUUGCAUUAUCCCUCGAGCAAAUGUAUAUAAACUAUUUUUAUUAAACGCAAUAUUAUUGAAAGUAAAAUUAGUCAAGCCAUUCAGCAGUUCUUGUUAGUUGUACAAAAAAGAUUUAUGUCAUAUAUGUUUAAACAUGUUUUAUUUCUGAUGUCUGAUUCUGUCUUUAUCUGUUGUUUGGAGUGACCGCUCCGACUUUGAAUCCGUUGUGUUUGUGAGACACACAAAUAAACAUUUGCAAUAAA